AUGAAGCGCAAGGCGGCAUCACAGCCGGGGCUCAAGAGGGCCUCCUCCAAACGCUCAAGGACUUCUCCAGCUCUCCCAGAAUCAGAAGCAAAGGCUCGGUUCCGGAAAGGACUCUUCGAGCAAAAUGUCCUGGACUCGUACACCAAGGGCUACGCUGAGUCGUCGCCCUACAAGCACAGCGUCAUCAACGGCUUGGUCGACGAUGCGCUGCUUCGCAACGUCCGCGACGAGAUCCGGGAGAACGUCAGCUUCACCCCCAAAGAGACGGACAUCUACAAGAUCCACCAGUCUGGGGACCUUGCCAACCUCGACGGCCUGGACGACGAGGCCCUCUCCAAGCUGCCCAGCCUCCUCUCCCUGCGAGACGCCAUAUACUCCGAGGCCUUCCGCAACUAUGUCUCCCACAUCACUGACUGCGGUCCCCUGAGUGGCCGCAAGACCGACAUGGCUAUCAACGUCUACACUCCUGGCUGCUACCUGCUCUGUCACGACGAUGUCAUCGGCAGCCGCAAGGUCAGCUACAUCCUCUAUCUCACCGACCCGGACAAGCCAUGGCAGCCCGAAUGGGGCGGCGCACUCCGUUUGUUCCCCGUCUUCGAUCGCAAGGGCAAGGGCGGCGCCAUCGCCAAGACCCCCGGGCCUGACGUCGUCAAGGUCAUCCCCCCGGCCUGGAACCAGCUGAGCUUCUUCGCGGUCCAGCCUGGUGAGAGCUUCCACGACGUCGAGGAGGUCUAUCACGCCGACACUAAGGAGCAGUUGGAGAGCCAGGGCGGCCGUGUGCGCAUGGCCAUCAGCGGCUGGUUUCACAUCCCCCAGGUUGGCGAGGAGGGCUACGUCGAGGGCGCCGAGGAGGCACAGGUCAAGAACAGCGGCCUGAUGCAGCUGCAGGGCGAUCCUGACCAGCACGACGAGCCGCAACCCAAGCCUGUCCCCGUCGAGCAGGCCAAGACCUUCGACGACUUUGAAGAGUCUGAUAUCGAGUUCUUGCUCAAGUUCCUCCACCCGACAUACCUGACACCAGACACCCUGGAGCAGAUGCAGGAGCACUUCGACGAGAACUCAAGUAUCACCCUGCCCAACAUACUCAGCAAGAAGUUUGCAGCUAGGCUGAUGGACUACGUCGUCAAAAAGGAGGCCGAGGAGCUGCCCGAGGCAAGCGGCGCGAUCGAGGAGCAGACAGCUUGGAGGGUUGCAAAGCCACCUCACAAGCACCGCUUCCUAUACGUGCAGCUGGGUCAGGCGGACAAGGAGAAAGACUCUCCGAUCAGGGAGUUGCUCGAUGAGCUCCUUCCCAGUCCCCAGUUCAGAGCCUGGCUGUCAAUGGCUACUGAUUGCACCAUUGAGAGUUCCGAACUUCUUGUUCGCCGCUUCCGUCGUGGUCUGGACUACACGCUCGCCACGGGUCACGCGGGUAAGCCUCGCCUAGAGCUCAAUCUGGGCCUCACCCCAACGUCCGGCUGGGGCGAUGAUGACGAAGAAGGAGAGGCCGAGGCCGAGCAACAAGACAAGAGCAAGAAGACAAACGGGAGCAAAUCCAAGCCUGUAUCAAAGGGCAAGGGCAAGAGCAAGUCCAAGGAUGAGGAGGUCGCCAAGGAGCCUGAAGAGGAGGAGCCUGAGGAAGUGGGCGGCCACGAGGUGUACAUGGCGGGCGACGACGGCAACGAAGAGGACGCUGCGAUCUACAAGUCAGCUGCUGACGAUGACAACAUCUUGUUUUUCCAGGCUGCGGCUUGGAACAAGUUGACAAUCGUAUUGCGCGACAGCGGAACACUGCGAUUUGUCAAGUAUGUCAGCCAGAAGGCUAGGGGUGACAGGUGGGACGUCAGCGCUACUUUUGACAUUGAAGAACAGGAUGACGAUGACGAUGGUGAGGACGGAGAAGAAGACAACGGGGAGGAACCCGCAAACGGGGUUUCACUGGAGGAUGACUCGGAAGAGGAGUUCCAGGGAUUCUCGGAUCACAACGAUGAUUCUGAAUCUGAUUGA